AUGUACAAAAGGAUGCUCUACCAUAUAGGCAAAUCCAGUGCUGCCUCACUCGUCCCUCUGUCCGAGUUGAUAGGGCUUUAUAAAGUGGGCGCGAGCGCUCUUAAGCUCGUUGACUCUUCACGCACCGAUACCUUCGCACCCACUGUUCAGCCAAGGAAGCUGGCCAUCUCUCUCUUCUACCUUACCGAGGAUAUCGAAGACUGCAGCCUGGCCUUGCAAUUUCAACCUCUGACAGCUCCGCUCUUGCACCCACCGCCACCUCUUCUAAUCUUCGGCCCUGGCCUCGGCAAUGCUAGGACCUUCUACUCUGCCGAGCUGGAAGAGAUAUCGAGCCAUGGAUGGAACAUUGUGUCUAUUGAUCACCCCCAUGAUGCUAGAACAGUCGAAUUGCCUGACGGCCAUGCCGUUUUCGCGAACGAACCCAUUAUUUCGAACGACACGGUCGGGGCUUUUGGACACUCUUUUGGUGGCGCAACUGCACUCCAGCUGUUAUUGAAUGACACACGAUUUGCCGUCGGCGCAAACUUUUACGGGAUCUUGUUCGGCUCCGCCAUUGAAGAGGGCACGGGCUUCCCAUUUGACGAGACUUGGCCCACGGCUUCGGCAAAUCUCCGUGGCUUCAAUAGACAGUAUGCUAUGAACGACACAGAACACGGCGUGUUCACCGACUUCCCGACCUCUCCUUAA